AUGGCCCACAUAGAAAGCGACGUUGAGCCGGUGCCUCCAGGUACCACUGAGACACAGAGUAUCAAUGCGAAUAGCCAUACCCAAGACGAAGAGAGUCCAUUACUCCCGCAAUCUGACACAGAGCCUAAGCAUAAGGCGUUGACAGGUGUUGGGACAAUUAUUGCGGUGCUUCUGCUCGGCGAAUUCAUUUCCAAUGCCGAUGCGACACUUGUCAUGGCGGCGGCAGGCCGCAUCUCCUCCGAAUUCAACAGGUUACGCGAUGCUAGUUGGCUCUCAACGGGUUAUACGUUAGGUCUUUGUGCUGCGCAACCAAUGUAUGGAAAAUUAAGUGAUACCUACGGUCGGAAACCAAUGUUGCUGCUCUCAUAUUUGUUAUUCGCCGUGGGAUGUAUAAUGAGUGGCCUCGGAAUCCAUAUGUGGGUGGUAAUUCUUGGUCGUGCGAUCAGCGGUAUGGGCGGUGCGGGAAUCAUGACGAUCAGCUCCAUUAUCAUCACAGAUAUCGUACCUAAGCGCGAGGUCGCUACUUGGAGAGCGUAUGUGAAUAUCGCCAUGACACUUGGACGCAGUCUUGGAGGCCCGCUAGGUGGUUGGCUGAGCGAUACGAUCGGAUGGAGAUGGUUGUUCAUCCUACAAGCCCCGUUCCUCGCUCUGGCUGCAGUUCUUGUGAUUUUGAAGUUGAAGGUCGAGAAACCACACUCCAAGGAAAACAAGCUCGCCAAAGUCGAUUUCCUCGGAACAGCACUGCUAGGCUCAUCCAUUGUCGCGAUGACCACUCUCCUCGAUCAAGGCGGGAAGUCCUUCCCAUGGAGCUCAUGGUGGACCGUCCUCCUAGCAACCAAUGGAGCAUCACUCCUGGUCGCCUUCGUACUCGUGGAAGCCUACGUUGCCCGCGAACCCAUCUUCAACCUCCGCAUUCUCCGGCGCACAAACGUGUCAAUGGCAUACAUCAUCGGCGCACUCCAGAUCGCCGCACAGCUGGGAAUGAUGUUCUCCGUCCCCUUAACACAGCGCGCAUCGACGACAGCUGCGGGCGUGCAUCUCAUUCCAGCAGUGGUAGGAAAUACCCUCGGCGGAUUACUAGCGGGCAUAUUCAUCCGGCGCACAGGUCAAUUCAAAGUCCUUCUGGUUCUCGCCGGCCUGGUUGCUGGUAUUUCCUAUCUCCUUCUUUACCUCCGCUGGGAUGGACACAGUGGCUUCUGGGAGUCCCUGUUUAUUCUCCCUGGUGGGAUUGGCACGGGAAUUGCAUCAGCAUCAUCAUUCAUUGCCAUGUCUGCUAUGCUACCGGCCGAGGAAAUCGCCAUGGCGACGGCGGGAUAUAUGCUUAUUGUUGGAUUCUCCAUGACUGCUGGUGUGACUACGUCCAAUUCUGUUCUGGGGAUGGAGUUCCAGCGCCAGCUGAGGUUAAAUCUCCAUGGGCCGGGCUCUGAGAAGGUUAUUCAACGUGCCAUGGGUGAUACGAAUUAUAUCGCACACCUAAGUGGCCAUCUGCGGGAGAUUGUGGUGACUUGUUAUGUCUCGGGACUUAAGCAUACGUAUCUUGUUUCUCUUGCUUGUUCGAUUUUAGCAUCAUUCAGCGGCUUGUUUAUUGUGCGCCAUCAAAUCUAG